CAUCAGCUCCUCCUGAGGACUCACUGACCUAGACUAUCUCGACCGUCCAUCUUCCAUCAUCACCCGCGCACGCUGUGUGCACCUGCCAGGUGCCUGUGCGAGCACUGCAGCAAUGGCGAUUCUCGCCGUCCUUCCCGCGACAACUCUUCUAUCGCACGCCUUGCCGCCUGCAUCACGUGCGAUGUCUCUCGCUCCUCCUCUCAAGUCGCUGCUCUCGUCAGCCGCAUCGUUACCAGCUCCGCCUUCGCUCCAUCUAGACCUACCGGCUCACCUUGAAGCCGUUAGUCCAGGCGUGGCGGACUCCCUGUCCCUGCACGGACACGUAGCCUCUCUCCAGCCAGACAACUUCGCUGUGGACAUAUCACGCUUGGCGGAUAUAGGGGCGACGCUGCUGUGGCUGCAGCCGUUUACGGAGAGCGAGAUCGCGGGGCUCGUCUUCGGUGCCGCCAUCAUCGCGUGUGCGGCUAGCGCGCCACGCGUCGACCAGUGGAUUGCCCGCGCUCAACGGCGGAAUCUUUGCAUCUGCGAGGAAUGUGGGGGAGUUGGCUUUUUGCCGUGCACCAAGUGCAACAAGCAAGCAAGCAUGUUUCAGCUGCCAGCUUUAGGAACUCCGUCACUGGAGCCACCCAAGCCUCUUCCACAUGGGACAUCUGUAGUGUCGGAGCAGAAAAGUGGAUGUUCUUGCUGUGGAGGGAAAGGUAGAGUUGUGUGUCCAAAAUGCGUGUAAACCCUGAGCGAAAUCACAAAAAGCAUGGUUUCCGUUUUGCCUCAGGUUCUCAGUGAAACACAUCAC